GUGAGCAGUGGCACGACUGCUCGUUUGGCUCCGGUUGAACCAAUUAACCUUGAUGAGCUCGGAUUGUUUUCACUCCACGGGCGCAGGUGUGGGACUCCUCCACUGAUCACAGUCUGACGCAAAAAAGUCCACGGAUUAGACAGAGAGAGGGAUGCUCGGUACAGUGGGAGACUCCUGUCCGCUGCUCGUCGCCUUCUUUCAGAAUCCGAUUCCAGACCAGGACCAUCUGUGAACUGAUUCGAUUCCCCACGUAGGAAUUUGACCGCCUUGUCAUUCGCUGCCCAUUCGACUCCGUCCCAGCGAUUUCCCAGUUGAGGAGGAAGGAGAGGAGGGAGGGAGAAAGUGUGCGCUCGUACUACUGAGAUGAGGAGCACAUCCCGGCUCUGAUCCGUGUGAGGAGGCAAACGGGGCGGCAGCUGAUCCGGCUCUCAAGGACGCCAGCGAAGAGGAGGAGGAGAGGAGAGGACAGGAGAGGUUAGGAGGGAAGGAGAAAAAAGUGGAGCAGCGGUGAAAGAUGGAGCAGGACGAGGCGCUCGAGAUGAGCUCGUCUAAAAAGACAAUAAUCGCCAAAAUAUUCAAAGUUCGCAAGAGGAGGGAGAUGCUGUUCGUCCAGGUGUGCUUCAUCUGCAGUGUCCUCUUCGUGGCGUGGAGCAUGUCGGCGCUGUUGACCAAGACAGGUCAUGGGAUGACGGUGGAGGUCCAGCCAAAUCCAGAGCACUGGGGAAGACGGCUAAUGGCCUCAGAGUCGGACAAUGAAACGGAGCCAAAGAACUGUUCUGAGCCGGCAAUACACGAGUUCCCAGAUGACCUUUUCACCAAUAACGAACGAAAGACGGGGGCCGUUAUGCUGCACAUUGUGGCGACCCUCUACAUGUUCCUGGCCCUCGCCAUCACCUGUGACGAGUACUUUGUGACAUCGCUGGAGAAGAUCUGCGAGAAACUGGAUCUGAGUGAAGAUGUCGCCGGUGCCACCUUCAUGGCAGCUGGCAGUUCAGCACCAGAGCUGUUUGCAUCUGUCAUAGGUAAACACACACACACAUUCAUCUAUGAUGGAGUGAUUUAUUGGUGGGAGAGUCUGGUGUUGGUGCUCAUGUACGCUGGAUAUAUUCUGGUCAUGAAAUUCAACUCCAGCAUGCAGCGGUUUUUCAUGGGGAAGUCCAGCAAGAACGUGGCCAACGGCAACGCGGCGGCCAGCAGUGAGAUGGAGGACGGUAAUACUAGUUAUGACUGUGAUUUGGAAGAUGACCAGUCAGUGCCGUUACUGUCGGCAGUGAAACCCACCAAAACUUACAGUCGUGGCUCGGUGGUGAUGGUGGACGAAAUCAUGAACGCCAGCCCGUCCAAGUUCAGGUUUCCGGAGGCUGGGCUUCGCGUCAUGGUCACCAGCCACUUUGGACCCAAGACCCUUUCUGCAGAGAAUUGUGGCAGUAAGGUGAAGUGGCUGAUCUCAUGGCCUCUGCUCCUGCUGCUGUUCUUCACCGUGCCCAACUGUGCCAAACCUCGCUGGGAGAAAUACUUCAUGGUUUCCUUCAUCCUGUCCACAGUCUGGAUCGCAGUCUUCUCCUACCUGAUGGUCUGGAUGGUGACUGUGAUCGGCUACACCCUGGGAAUCCCUGACGUCAUCAUGGGCAUCACUUUCCUGGCAGCAGGCACCAGCGUUCCCGACUGCAUAGCCAGUCUCAUCGUGGCUCGACAAGGUCUCGGGGACAUGGCCGUCUCCAACACCAUUGGCAGCAACGUGUUUGACAUCCUGGUGGGCCUGGGGGUUCCCUGGGCCUUGCAGACCAUUUGCAUAAACUACGGAUCAGUGGUGAAGAUUAACAGUCGGGGGCUGCUGUACUCUGUGGUGCUCCUGUUGGGGUCCGUGGCCCUCACAGUUCUGGGGAUCCACUUGAACAAGUGGAGGCUGGAUAAGAAACUGGGCAUCUAUGUCCUGGCCCUGUACGCCGUUUUCCUCUGCUUCUCCAUCCUGAUAGAGUACAACGUCUUCACUUUUGUCAACCUGCCCAUGUGCUUAGAGGAGUAGAGCACAGCAGCAUGUCUUGGAAAACCAAAACCUCAGCACUCUCACAGCACACCUAACAUUUGUCUCUUUUAUAGUAACACUGGACCUAUCUGCAAACCUCCUUUUUUUCCUCCUCCCGUGCUCUCUCCUCUGUGAUCCCUGUGAAACCUCCACCCAGAGGGAGAACGUCUCACUGGUGGACUCCCUUCUCUGUCUCUUUGUCACGCAGUGCCGUCCUUUGUAUCUUCUACUGCAGUCUUUCGGUUCCUCUGUGCACCUGUUAAAUUUCUGCCCAUUAAGCAUGCCUUUAGAUGUCGGGGACUCGUGGAAUCCCAAGUGCCCCCUGUUGACCGUUGGUGUGUCGUCACUGUUUCACAUUGUAGAUGUCCGCACACGAUUUUCAGAGCCUUUCCACACACCAAACCCGAGUCUGCGAAAGGGGGGGAAAAAAGAGCAACCAAAACUCCCUGAGCUGAGUCUCCUUCAAGCAAUCCCUGAAUAUUUUACCCCCAAGCACCCAAAGGAAAAAAAAAAAUACACACUCUGUCUUGACCUCCUGGAGGAGGGUCUUGUCCUUGGCAGCUCCCCUCCUCCAGUCUGACCCUGACUCUCCUUGGCAUGGCCUUUGGCAUCAGGGAGAAGUUACACUCGCUCUGUCCUCGUCUGCCUGAUCAAACCUUCUUCUUUAAAACUAAAGGACAUUCUCAGGACACCUUGUGUCCAGAUAGGCCACAGUCCAGCUGAGAGGACAGUCAAGGUGUUAUGCAUAUGCAGCACUGCACAAUGUAAACUUGUACACACCUUUCUUUUUUUUUUUUUGUAUUUUUCCAAAAAAAGAGUUUGUCAAGUCUGAAAUGUGGAGGAGAGCUUCUUGCCAACAUAACGGACGUUGUCUGUUUUUCACCACAGAAAUGCUUUUCCUGCUCAAAGGAGACUCAAACACUGAGGGGUUUUUCCCUUCUGGUGUCGGCAAUUACACUUCAGUGAUUGGUUGUUUGAUACUUUUCCGCCUCUGCAUAACUUCAUAAAAAAGUGCUGUCGCUGGAUAUAUGGCAGGAGGCUGUGGCAGCAGCAGCAGCAGCAGCAGCAGCAGCAGCAUCUUGGAGGGACUUGUUUGAAAAAGAAAUGCAAAGGACCCUGACGGUUCUCAACACUGUCUGCUAUAUCACCCUUUGGGCAGAGGGGGGUGCUGCAGCCCCUCUACCCAGUCUUAGGGUGCAAACUACAGCUGUCGGUUAUCAGGGAAACUUGGAUAUGGACAUUUCCAGGAGGUGGCGCUGGUGAUGGUCUUUUGAUUUUUUUGUUUUUUUUUCUGAGUUAAAUGUAGAUAUUGCACUUUAAACAGCCAUCCUCUCAUUCAGAAUCAACUAGUGCUUCCUUCUGUGUGUGUAUGUGUGUGUGUUUUCACUGUAUACGUUUGUGUGUGUCUGACAAUUUGUACAUGCGCUUGACUGUUGAUGUGUGUGUGUAUGUGUGUGUGAGUUCACUACGGGCUACAUUCUACACAGCGGGGCUCUCUCUCUCUCUCUCUCUCCCUCUCUCUCCCUCUACCCUCAAACCAACCGAUGCCUUCUUACCACCAUGAGCACAUCUGCCUCUGGCUGCAGUGCAUGCUGGGACAUUACAAAAACACGGCUCCUCCACAGCACAGUGAAAGACUGAUGGUGUCUGGGCCUCCUCAUGGAUUAAAAAACAAACGAAAAAAAAACCAAACCAACACCUGACUCCAGUUUUACAAAACUUGGCAGCUACGUGCUACAGAGCAAACCUGACAUUGUGUGACACCAGUUCACAAACGAGGUGCAGAGACUUGAGACCUCGAGCGUGGAGGUGGGCGUGGCUGUGGUUGAUGUGUUUAUUUCCUCCCUCUGCCAACACUGCUGGCAGCAGGCACUUGUAUAUGCAAUCUGUAUGUAAAGAAUCAAUGUGACCGGAGGCCCCCUGUACGGCUGCCAUAUAGAGACGGGGACGUCCCAGUGAAGACGUGACGUCAGUUUGUCUAGUUGUUCUUUGAUGUGUGAGCUCACAGAUUUGUGUACGUUUCUCCGCUGAGAAAACAAGCCAACGGUUCGGAAGUUUGAGAUUUCACUUCCUUCGCACGCACACGACAUUUCGUCGUCCCCUCCUGCACACGGGCAUUACCUUCUCCCCAACAACAGCUAUAAGAAAACAAAGUCAUGCAGACGGAUGGACGGACUUUUCCUCCUGGGAUCUGUGCACCGUCACUUUUCCUUGGACCAGAGUGAGAGUGGACCAUCAGGAAUUCUCACUCUUGUGUUCAAAUGGCUGGAGGUGAUGUCACAGGGACAUCCUUGUCCCCCACUGACCCUCCUCACCCGUUACUUGUGGAUCAUCUGCACAUUUAUUUGAUGCUUUUUCAGGAAAGUCCCUUUGCUACUUUAUUUAUGUUUAGAAUGUGCAGUGUUGAGUUUUCUUUGCUGUUGUUGCUCUGUGUGGUCAUGUCCCAGUUGAAAGAUUGGAGCAGUAGAACCACAGCAUGGCAGGUUGGGUGGGGGGGUGGGGGGGACACACACACUGCUAUUCUUUGAUUUUUUUUUUUGUUUUGGUUUGUUUUCCCCUCGGCGUCUGGUUGUCACAGCUCGUCUGACUCACUUCUCUUGUUACCAAGUCAUUUGUUUUGAAACGCAGGGGGAAAAAUAAAUAUGAUUUCUGACGCCAUAGGUGUCGUAGCUCUACAUAAAUCUAGAUUGUAUGGAAGUGGUGUACAAAACAAGCGCACACUUUAGACACACACUGGCACACAUUCUGAGAGGAAUUGCAAAUAAACACACGAGGGAAGCGGUGUGUAUUUCUUUGACCGAAUGCGACCUGAUGCACUGUGAGCUCAAUGUGAUGUGGGAGUUGUUUGUGGAGAAUAAUAAAUGAUUAUAAAUAUAUUUAAUGUAAAGUUAGUUACUA